CUAAGGCUGCGGCGUUUCUUUUUUUCAGAAGUGUAUUUCUUUCGUGAGCUCUCUAUUUGGGGUAGUAUUAUAACGGCUCUGCGGACCGUAUCAGCAGGUCGAGGUGUACUGCCGUACGUUGGGCGUUGAUAACAAACAUGGCGUACCUAGACGACGACAGUUUCUUCGCAGACGACACUUACAAACUGAGUGAAAUUCCUGAAAAAGUGGACAUACCAACACUGGUGCGGGUUACCGAGGGGAUAUACAGCGUCCACGACUGCAGCACGUUUUCGCAGGGAGACAUCAUCAAAAUAGACGGGUGUGAGACGAUUGAAAUGGUGGCGGCUCACUUCGCCGUAUGGGCUAACGGCUGCUAUCAGAAACACGGGGAUGAGCUGUUCGUUCCGCUCAGUUACAAGGGCAGGGUGCGCGUGUGUCCUAUCCACGGCGUCGGUCACAAGUACACGUCGGUGGAACAACUCGUCACACACUUCCCGAAAUUCGUCAAGCUCGGACAGAGUCUGUCGUUCACAUACAAGGGUGAAUGUAGUUCACUACAAGCAGACGACACGCUGGAACUGUUGAGGCUGAUCGGCAGCGAAAAGACGGGAGUUCUAGCCCUGCGGGUUCUUCAGAAUAACAAAUCUGAAGUCGUGCUUCCAAAGAGUCUGAAAGGUUUGUUCAUUACACAGGAGAUAGACGUGGACUACACCGUCCAUGAUGUGAUGAAGUUCAAGAUGCCGCAGUGUGUGAAAUUCAUUGGGCAGGAUAUCAAUCUGUUCACGUCAAAGGACAUCCAGGAAGCUGCUUCCAACCUCGAACACUAUGACGGUUACAUCAUGCUAUCCGGGAGAAAGAAGACGCGCACGGUGUUGGUUGGUCAUUAUAAGGCUAUGGAUAAGAAUCCUUCGUCCAAGUUCCAUCGUCGGAGUGCCGUCGUCCUUCCCAUGGACAACGACGACAUCGCCAACAUUGAGGUGCAGGUCCCCAUGUACACGGACACGGCCGACUACGAAAUAUUCGUCUUAAAUCAUUUUUCCGAAUGCAACGUCAACGAAACGGUUGAAGGUUUAUUGUACAUCGACUUUUCCAAGAACCCCGGCGUGAUAUUCCCACAGGACCUCGGUGAUAACCCGCCAGUUGUUCCUCCCAGGACGGACCGAGGCUCUACCAGUACGAGCAGCACUCCCCCAGCUCGUCCACCUCGACCGUCCAAACCAACCCAGCAACAGGGAAACACGCAAUCAGAAGGUGUAAAUGUGCGACGUGCUAUUCCUUCAUACGAGAAUCACACAGGAAAACUAAUGACAAGUCGGGCUGCCUCGGAACCAGACUCCGGCGUUCAGCGAGCUGUUGGCAGUUAUGAUAGCAAACAGACGGUUAAAUCAACAGAUCUGAGUAAAUCAAUAGAUAUGAGUAAAUCUACAGGUCCUAGUAAAUCAACAGAUAUGAGUAAAUUUACAGGUCCUAGUAAAUCAACAGAUAUGAGUAAAUCUACAAGUCCUAGCAAAUCUACAGGUCCUAGUAAAUCUCCAGCCGCUUUUGCUGGGAAGAAACCAACCCACGCAGUCGUACCUAUUCAGAAAGAGACAGAAGAAGAAGGUUCUGAAUUUGUAAUAGGGGAUAUUUUCGUUAACUUCAGCGAAGGUAUGGACAACUUCGACGAACAAUCGGAGCCAGAUUCGGGAGUCGCUUACAUGAAUACUUCAGAUGAGAAAAAGAAACACGUCACAGUAAAAGGAUUUAUGAACAAGAUCAAAAAGACAUUCCAUCCUAAACAUUGCGGCAGUGAUAAGGAGCAGGAAAGCAGCAGGCCUGUAAGUGAGAACGCGGACUCGGGCCCUGUGUAUGACUAUGUGGAUGAGAAGACUCUCAUAGAUGCGAGGAAGAGGGCAGAAGGUCAAGAUCCACAUCACAAAACCGCAGUCGUCCAGCCCUUCCAGCAGGAGGGCGUCAAGUCUCCGGAGAACCGGCUUGAAGAAUAUGAGCGUCCACGAGCUACAGAAGUGUUUCGACGGCUGUGCGCUGGAGAGUCUCGCCCAGAUCAUCAGGAUCAACAAACUCGACGGAGAUCUCUUUUCUGGUCUCAGCGACGACGAUCUCACAAAGGAACCUUUUUUCUUGAAUAACUUGGACAUCAGAAAGGUUCGCAGAAUCCAAAAAGGCUGGACUCCAAAUAUUUAAAAGUGAUUAAUGGGAAAUGUGUUAUUGGCAAACCUGUUUGGUGAUAAAACCAUAAGGAAGGCUGGUUACAAAUAUCACCUCUUAUUUUCCUGCAGUGGCGUAGCGUUGGUUGUCAGUCCCCGGGGCAAGGCAAGUAUUGCGCCCCCUAACCGGUAGACCGUUAGCACUCCCCGAGUCCUUCCACCAGACCAGAAUUUUGCUACGCUACGCCACUGUUCUUCAGUUUGACCAUAUGAUCAUAGUGAUUCGGGGUACUGUGAAUCCGGUUUUGAAAGUGUUGUAAUACAGAUUUUCGGAGAAUAUGCUGCAUGAAAGAGUUCAGUGCACAGUUGUGAGGACACGAUUCACUGUGAAAACAAUGGUGUUGGAGUUCAUAAAAGGUCCGUUCAUCCUGCCAUGAGCACAGUAUCUAGAACAACUUGUUAACGUUUCUUAAUCAAGAAAAAUUAAACAGAUAUAAAAAAAAUAAAGGGAACUAAAGAUGA